AUGUCCAACCAAGACCAAACCCAAAACAAUCAUCAAGAAGACGUACCUAUGUCUGAAGGAUCCAUUCCACCAUCGGCUGCUGGCUCAGCUUUUACACCAGAUAUGGAAGAUGCUCGUCAAGCGGAUAUCUCGGGUCAAUUGGGUGUUGAUGCUACUCCGCAACAAGUCAUGCAAGCAUUGGCCAACAUGAUCCAAGCUAUGGAUAUCACCAUCACUGAUCUUGCCACUGGUGAUAACCAACAUCUGUUUCAAGAAAUCACUCGUCAGCGUGAUGAGUAUGCUCAGCGACUUGCUGUAUUGCAACGUAUCAAUGCUCAAGAAACAGCACAACAAGUGUAG